AUGUCGCUCUCGGAUGAUGAAAAUGCACAAACUACUGGCGCAGAUGCCGCGUCUGACCUGUUUGAUGAAAAGGCAGACGACACUGGGGCUGACGUAGGAGAGGAAGAAGAGGUUAGAGAUGCUACAGUCGAAGAUCUUUUCGGUGACGAAGAUGAAGCGACUGGGAACGAGGCACCUGCUGCAGAUGUAACCAUGUCUGAGCGACAGUCUUCCGCGGCACCCUCUCAAAAUGAGUCCGACGGUGAUGGGUUGACGGAAGCCGAGAGAAAGCACAGAAAGAAUAUGGAGUACGAAGAGGAGGAGGGAGAAUCAGCAGAGCCACAGAUACUCCGCGAGGCAGAAAUCAACAUUCCCAAACUGCCCCUCCCAACUAGCUCUGACAGUCAGUAUUGGAUGAUGCGACUACCUAGCUUCCUUAAAUUGGACACGAAACCUUUUCAUACCGAAACUUACGAGGGACCGCAAGAUGAAUAUGAGGGCGAAGACAAGAAGGAAAGUGCAAUUAUGCUGGAUGUCACCAAUACAAUUAGGUGGAGAUGGAUCCACGGCGAGGACGGCGAAAUGAAAAAGCAAUCGAACGCUCGAAUCGUCAAGUGGUCCGACGGCUCAAUGUCUCUCCAACUUGGGACAGAAAUAUUCGACAUCAAUGCCAAUGCGGAAGGAUCGCGCCCAGUCCCCGCGGCUUCGCAGCCCCAGACUCAAUCCAGACUCAAUCUUCUCAAACUCCAAAACGAGCCGGUGGUUUAA